CACUUGUUUCGGAAAGGUUACGACAAUUGUGAAUAACUUGGGAAUUUUCCAGUGAAAAACAGUGCCUCAUAACAAGUUCGCCGCUAAGAAGAAGUAUCCAUCAGACACGAAGUGUCUGAUCAGUGCUUUCAGUGACAGUGUGUGCCACUUCCGAUGAUCCGGUUAACGGGGUUAAUUAUAUGCACGGAGCUCAGAGAGUGUAAUUAAUGCGUUAAAUCACAUGAGUUUGCUGGAAAGUGUAGUGAUACCAACUCAUACCCGCCAAGAUGGUGGUGACGUAUAAAUUGCUGAGCAGUGCUGAUUUAGUGCUAACUAAUAGUCGUUCCACAAGAGUGAUGAAUCAUCGUGUAGCAUAAUCGAAUGGGCCAGGUAGCAACCAAUUGUAGCCAUACAAAUACCGGUUCUCGAAUAUGAAAAAUAAUAGAUUCCCAAAGAGUUCUACUAAAUUGGCAUUGAAAUAUCUGCAACUCAGUUCUUACCCACAACGUCCGGAAUGUGCCAAUAUGGACGUGUGAUUCGGAGUGAUUGGGGAGCUAUUUAUAACAUGAGUGCUAUAAUUGCGGCAUGUGGCAGGCAAGCAGUCAGCGACUAGAUUAGAAUAGCCACCUCGGAAUCCGUGAGAAAAGAAGAAACAACUCAACGACUCGUUCUUCGUUGGAUCUUGGCAGGCGGAAUCGAGAAACAUCAAGUACCGCUGGCUGGCUGCUGCCUAGUAGUAGUCAGAGUCAGUAUACGUUUGACGUUAUUUGGUUAUGCUCGCUCGCUGAAGUGACGGAACGAAUAUCAACUGUCUGCGCAAUAAGUGGAUAGUGCUGUACAAUAGUGUAUGUGGGACGGCAAUUGGCGAAGAGGAAGAAAAAGAGCGACUUGAGCAGUUUAUCAGUGCGUAAUCUACUACUAUUUGAUUGAAACGGAGUACGGCAGUCAUGAUUCGCUUUUGAGUCGCAACGAUGGGUAAUUAAAUUCAGUUCAAACGAUGUCCCAUCGUAACCAUGGCUUCCGGAGCGGUCACUACUCGGCUGAAAGAAAUGGCAAAUUUGUUUAGCAGCUAAUCAAACUAUCUAUACGAUACGCUAUCACAAACGUACCUUAGUAACAUAAAUAACCGGAGAGACAACGGACUUUGCCUUUGAAAUGCGCUCCAUUCGCAAGUCAAUUGCCGAGUCGGAUGAUGAUGCCACGCGGUCUUCCUCGGGUGGAGGAUCCAGUGCCACCGCCCAGCGCCACAUCGACCUGAGUGUGCUGCGAAAACCGAUCCUAACCGCCGUCACCGGUUUCGUGGAAGCUUUCAAAGCAUACGAAGCGGGCACCGAGGAAAUCCGGAAACUCCUGACCAGCGAGUGUGACGUGCUGUACGAAUGUCGGGUUUGUCGCAAUAUUUUCCGUAGCUUGACCAACUUCAUAUCGCACAAGCGGGUCUACUGCCGGAAGCUGUUCAACGCGGCCCAACACUUUCACUUCCAAAACGAUGGCUUCCUGGAUCAGGACAUUGCGACGAUCCUGCAGGCCGAGCAGGACAGCCAAAACAAGGCGAAGAAGGUGCACGCCGACAUCCUCAACAAGGACCUCUCCAGCAUUAUCGAACGACUGAGGCGGAAGCAGCACAAGCUCAGCGCCGAACUGAGCAUGACUGAUUAUUACGAUAAGGUUAACCAUAAGCUAACACAGGACGAUCUCAGCCGGCAGCAGCACGUACUGCAACUGGAUCGGGUACCAACCUCGGAGGCAGCUGUUUUCCAAACCGUUCGACUGGGUGUGGUGGACUGCAUGCGGACGCAGGUGGGCGAGCUCGACAAUUUGCACCAUAACAACAACAACACGGUGCUGGGACCGGAUGGGAAGGUGGUGGAACCUCAGUCCCGGCCGCAGUCUACCCUUCCUGUCAUCAGGGCACCAUCGGAACAGUACUUCAAGCCAAUCGAGUUGGAGAAAGAGACGAAGGGAGAUGAUGAGAGCAUGGAUAAGACGGCGGUUUAUAGUUGUCAGGAAUGUAAUCUCCAAUUCGAUACGGAGAAGACAUUGAAGCUGCACAGCGAUAUGAAGCAUACACCGUCGACCUACGUGUAUACGUGCCCCUCGUGCCCUAAGACAUUUUUACAACCAGGAGCUGUUAUUCGACAUCUCUGCAAUGAUCACAAAAAAUCCAUGCGUCGCAUCAAACUGAUGCGCGACUCCAUUCUCAAACGACGGGUCCGGGCGGAUGAAGUGGUCGUCAAGGGUCCUUCGCGGGAAGUAUCCCGUCUUCUGCAGGCAGCUUCCGGUAUGUCCACCACCGGCUCAUCUCAGGACGGUGGCAACUCAUCUUCCGGUAUGAUGGAUCACGACGAAGCGGCUGCCACCCGUGCCUGGAUGGAAAAUCUGGAACACUUCGACCAGGGACCCAUGUGCUCGUAUUGUGGGAAAACGUUCGAGCGCAAGGCCGUUCUCAGCACCCACAUGCAGACGUGUGUGCACAAGCUGCGACAGACUGAAAAUGGUUCAGUUCCACCAGCGGCGGCAUCGACUACGUCAUCCAGCAGUAGGCGGAGCAGGACCAAAGAUGAGCCAUCAACAGCGGUGGCAAAGAUCAAGCUGGAACCGGUCGAACCGGUGGCCAGUGACGACUCGAAUUCUUAUGAUGUGCCAUUGUCGACGCUGCAGGCACGCAUCACUCAGGAAGGGAAGGGUUCCGAAAGGCAGCAGCAACAAAAAGUGGUAGAAAGAGUUGUAACGAUCAAACCGGAGGAGCUUGCGUUGCAUGAUGAUUUAGAAUCGAGCAACAGGCGAAAGCGAAAGAAGCCGAUGAUUUUGCUACGAAACGCUACUGACGAUAUAUGCUGGGAAACGGAAGAAGUGGUGGAAGAGAGUGUCUUUGAAGUAAGUGUCUCGCCAAAUGUGCCAAUCAAACAGGAAGUGCUCGAAAGUAGUGAAGUAGUAGAAGCAUUGAAGGGAAAGAAAGCGCCGCGGAGUCGUAAAAAGAAGUGCGACGAGAAAGAAGAUCUGCUCGAUCGGGAACUGAUUGAGAAGUUAGAACUGGGAGAGGAGAUAGUUUGCCGCUGUCUCAAAAAGUACAAUGAUCCUGAGAAGUACAAACAUCAUUUGAAAGUUUUCCACAGCCGGCAAAGGCGGUUCUGGUGUGCUGUUUGUGAAUUCAAGGGCUACCGGAAGGUGGACACCAUAAAUCAUUUGAUGCAGGAACACAAAUACCAAGGCGAUGUGGAGGACAUUAGCUCGUUGAUCAAUUUGCAACCGGUAGAAAAGGUGAAGAAAACUUCCGCCGCUUCUUCAAAUGUUCCUGGUAGCAACGUACAAAUCAAUUCAAUCAUCGAGGCUAUGAAUCGAAACUGUGAUACCAGCUCGACUGAUAUAUCCUUCAUGGAAGUCAGUGCCAGCACUGUAACGCUAGAAAGCAGAACAUCGUCGGUAAAUAUAUCGCUGGAAAAUAGUUCUUCCACCAGAGUGCCAACACCCGAGCCACUUUCACAUGACUCCCCCAAGAAGCGAAGUAGACCAUCUCGCGCUCUUCGCCAAUCUAUCUGUGUCAUGCCUCCAGAAGAAAUCAACAGGAAGCCAUUACCUCCUAGCGAUGACCUACUCGGGGACAGUACUUGCCCUACCUCAAAGCGACCGAUACGGAAUCGCGUGAAACCUGUGGACAAAGAUUUCGUGUAUGACCUUACCCACCUCCUCCAUAAAGAGGAGGAUCUCGAUGACUUCCCUCUGCCGGAGUUAGUCCAGGAAAAGCCACCGCCACCGAGUAAACCCAAAACCGAAUCUAGUCGUGUUCCACCGGUGAAUACCAUCUCUCCCAGCAAACGGGAAUCCCUACGAUCGCACGCUCCCAAGUCCAUUCCAGUGCAUCUAGUCAGGGGUUCCGCAUUGAAAAUGGCUACCCGACAGGUCGAGCUGGGACGGGCCGCCUUCCAUCGUCCACCGGAGCUUCCCCAAGAGCGUUCCUUUAUUCCAUCGCAAGUAACACCGCCUCGCCGAAUAACCACUAUCCACGAUUGGCCAGUGAUCAAAAAAGACCGGAAAAUUGGAUCGAUUACCAAACAUCAAUCGGACAUUCAGAUUAAGCAUCGCUACGCGAAACGAGUGUCUUCGAUGACGAAUACUUUGCUUCCGGAAUUGAUCCGCGAAAAACGCAAAACCAUUCCCCGGCGGAACAGUGUCAUUCCCAUGCGGCAGAGGCUGUCCGCUUCCGUCGAAAUUCUCAACAAGCUGAAUGCAUCGCGAACGGCCGCCGGAUUGGAGGUGGUGCGAACGGUUGAAUCCCCGGUAAUGGUUAAGUGCCCAACCGAGGUGGAGUUCCGGCGGCUCAUCGAGGCAAACCUGAAGGACCACCGGCAGACGAUGUCGUUGGCCAAUCCGAACGGUACCACCGUUGACGAUGUGAGCAGUGCGGCAUCGAAGGCAGCGGCAGCAGCGAUGUUGGCCUCCGAACUGGAAGCGGUUUCACCGAGGAAGCGCAUCACCCUGAUGCAGCGUCUGCAGGAAAAUCGCACCAAACGCAUGCAGGAGCAAAAUGGCGUCGCAACGCCCAAGGAAAAAUCAUCUCCAUCUACACCAUCUCAACGGCCGGAAUCAUCCUCACCCGUAGCGAGCAGUACACCCAAAUCCAUGAAUGUGGCCGACAUGCUGCAUGCCAAACUGAAAAGAUUUUCGUAUUAGGGAAACCAUAAUCCUCAGCAGUUCAAGUAGUUAAGUUCUUACCUGGUUCUAUCUGUUAAGUAUUUUUGUUUUGUUCAAUAUUCACCCAUUGAAUUCAUUUCUAUUGCAUUUUUCGUUUCGAUGUUGUUCGAAUUGUGUUACCCUAACGAUUAAAGAUUUUAACUUUGUGCGUUUGUAUUACAAACUCAGCAUCAGUAAGCUGUAGAAACUAGGCAUCAGUUCUGACGUUAGUUUAUUUUAAUUUGUGAUUCAUAGUAAAGAGCACCAGCACAGAUUUAAUGCAAACCUAUCAAAGACAUAUAGAUAGAUAGUAGAAAGAAGUGGAAUCUAGUUGAGGCCUGUGUACUCUUUAGUAGUGCGAAUAGAUAUUAGCGGAAUAGAGCUAGACUAACUUUUCCUUAUGUAAAUAAACGGAACAACAAUGACCAAUAGAAAAGUAUAAA